GUUAAACCGAAAAAAAUUGACACAAACGAAGAAAGCAUUGAUUGCCAAGAUUGUGUAUCUUUUAUCAACACAAUGAGUGACAAGGAUCCCGAAGUAUCCAGUGGUGAUGGGGUGAUCCGUCCUAUGUCGGGGGAAACACAGAAUGGAGAAGAUGAUGUGGAGAAGACACUGACGGCAGAUAUCGGCCGUGGUGACCAGGAUACUGAUAAAGCCCCGGAGAGUGAUGAUGAAGACUUACAACUUCUGAUGGGAAUGUGCUGUAUUAAGGAUUCAUCAGAACAUCAACCAGAGACCGUUAAUGGGACUUGUUUUCUCUAUGACGAGCUGAUGAUGAAACACAAACACGAAUGGUGUGGGGAUUACCCGGAACGACCAGAGAGAAUUUCGCAGCCUUAUGCAAGAUGUUGUCAGCUUGGGUUGGUGGAUCGAUGUGAAAUACUCGAGAUGCGUUAUGCAACCGAGGAUCACAUACUAAUAAAACACUCCCAGGAGCUACUGGAGAAGACGAAAUCGUUGCCCAACAUGUCUCUCUCUGAACUACUGCACGUGUCUGAACAGUAUAGCUCGUGGUUUGCAAACAAUUCUACCUAUGAAUGUGCACUGGCAGCUCUGGGUUCCACGGUGGAAGUUAUGGAACAUAUACUCAAAAAAAAGAGUCGAAAUGGUUUUGCAAUGAUCAGGCCGCCCGGUCACCAUGCGAUGUUCAAUGAGUACUGUGGCUACUGUACAUUCAACAAUGUGGCCAUUGCAGCUCAACAUGCUCUCGAUCGGUUCGGACUGGAAAGGAUUCUUGUUGUUGACUGGGACAUCCAUCAUGGGCAGGGGACUCAGUACAUGUUCUACGAUGACCCACGAGUUUUGUAUUUUUCUAUCCAUCGUUACGAACAUGGCGCUUUCUGGCCUGAACUGCGUGAGUCCGACUACGACUUUGUUGGGAAAGGAAAGGGGAAAGGAUACAAUAUUAACGUCCCACUGAAUAAGAUGUCUAUGACUGACAGUGACUACCUGGCAAUCUUCUACCAAAUCCUCUUACCUGUAGCUUAUCAGUAUUCACCCCAGCUUAUUAUUGUAUCGAGUGGAUUUGAUGCAGUCAUUGGGUGCCCAGAGUUUGCGCCUCACUUGAUUCUCGUCUCUAAUGGGUUGGAUUCGGCUAUUGGGGAUCGCAAGGGCGAGAUGCUGGUGAGUCCGGUGAUGUAUGCACACUUUGUUCACAUGUUGUCUCCCGUAUGUCAAGGAAGACUUUGUGUCGUCCUGGAGGGUGGCUACUGUCUCAAAUCCCUGUCUGAAGGCUGUGCCCUGGUCUUGAGGUCACUGCUAGGUGACCCUUGCCCUCUGAUGCCACCAAUCAAAGAACCCUGUGAUAGUGUUAUAGAGACAAUCUUGAAUGUGAUAAAAGUGCUUCGGCCAUAUUGGCAGUGCUUUCAAUAUCAGGAAGAGUUAACUCCAAGAGAAUUAUGCCCCUUUGAUGGGGUGAACGAAUUACCUCCAAAACCGGGUAUAGUAUUUGCCACAGAGGCGAAUCGACCUGAAAAGUAUGAUAUUGACGAUUAUUUCCUUUUCGACGAACAGACUGCUGCUGAUUUUGAUAAACAGAUAGAUGUGCUUAUAGCAGAAACAUGUCUGACUAAGGCACCUCACAGGACAUGUCUUCUAUUUGAUGCUGAUAUGAGAGCUCAUCGAGAUACAGCAUUCAGAUCGCACCCGGAGCGCCCGGACCGAAUCUCGAGCAUCUUCAACGUGCACGUUGAGUGGGGCCUCUACAAGAGGUGUCACAGCGUUCAGUCCAGACUUGCCACAGAGGAGGAGAUUUUACUGAUUCACAGUGAAACCUACUUGAAUGAAAUGAAGAAAACAGCAGAGAUGGAAUUGUCAGUUCUGCAAGUGAAACAGAGAGAGUUUAACUCGAUAUAUUUCUGCAAGGAUACCUACCGGUGUGCUUUGUUGUCAGCAGGCAGCGUUCUCAGCGUGGUGGAAACAGUUCUUUCAGGACAGGCACAGAGUGGGGUGGCCAUUGUGAGGCCGCCAGGUCACCAUGCCGAGAGUUCUACAGCCAUGGGCUUUUGUUACUUCAAUAAUAUCGCCAUUGCGGCUAAAUAUGCUCAAAAUAAGUUUGGUGUGAAACGGAUUUUAAUUCUUGACUGGGAUGUUCACCAUGGUAACGGCACUCAACAUCAGUUUUAUGAUGAUGACAGUGUUUUAUUCAUAUCACUCCACCGUUACGAUCAUGGCUUCUUCUACCCUAAAGGUGAUGAUGGUAACUAUGACAACGUGGGAAGAUUGUCAGGAGAAGGCUUCAACAUCAACAUUCCAUGGAACAAAACAGACCGUGAGCAGCCAGGCACCUCUGAGUACAUCGCAGCUUUCCAUCAGAUUGUCAUGCCCGUAGCCUACGAGUUUGCCCCAGAGCUGGUUUUGGUGUCUGCAGGCUUUGACGCUGCCAGAGGGGAUCCCCUGGGUGGUCUGGAUGUGACUCCGGAGUGCUAUGGUCAGAUGACACACAUGCUGAGUGGUCUGGCCAAUGGUAAAGUCGUGUUGAUUCUUGAGGGUGGCUACAACCUGAAUUCCAUAUCGGCCUCAAUGGCAAUGUGCACAUCAGUGUUGCUAGGCAACCAAUGUCCGUUAGUGCCACCACCGACAGUUUGCUCACGUGCUGUUGAAACAAUUUGUAAUGUUCUGGAUGUGCAGAAACAGUACUGGAAAUCAUUAAAAUUCAGAGUUAAACUUCCACCUGUUUCACAACUGGAACAGAAGAAUUCAGUGACCUCUGAAGAAACAGAAAAGCAGAUACUUCCCAGUUCUGGUGAUGAGACAGUGUCUGAAGCAUUGCACAAUCUUAAAGUGAAUGAUGAUGACAAGGUUGUGACACAAAACACUGAUGAGGGGGACCUGCCGUGUGCAGAUGCCCCAAGUUCAGGGAAUGCCCCAAGUUCAGGAGAUGCCCCAAGGUCAGGAGAUGCCCCGUGUGUAGGAGACACCCUAUGUAUAUAUGGUGCAGGAGAAAGUGCCACCAAGGAGGAGCUUGAAGGGGCAUGUGGAGGAGUCGACCAGUCGAUGACUCUCCAAGACUACUUCCAUCUGCCGGUGGUAGACCAGAUGUACGCGGUCCAGCCACUGCCGUGGUGCCCCCACCUGGACUCUGUGCAGCCCCUUCCUCAGCGCGGACUUGAUGUAGAGGAGCCGUGUGAGGAGUGUGGAGAUUUGUCCGAAAACUGGGUCUGUCUCGAGUGUUACAAGGUGUUUUGCAGUCGGUUUGUGAAGGAGCACAUGUUGUUCCACGGACUGGAGAGUGAGCACCGAGUGGUGCUCAGCUACGCCGAUCUGUCCGUGUGGUGCUACGGCUGUGACAACUACGUCAACAACAAGAUUAUUUUUCCAAUGAAGCAAGAAGCACACAGGAAAAAGUUUGGAGGAGAAAUACCAGAAUAACUCGAUAUUUUAUCAUAUAUAAGCAUUUACUACCGCAAAAUAUUUUCCCAUUUUAAGUGAACAGACUUUAACUGACUGUUGAAAACAUUACGGUUUAAUCAUUUCUUGAUAAACUUGCAGGGUUUGAUUUAAGCAGAUCAGCUUUUAUUAUGCUGUGACUGGGGGUGGUAAAGUAGUGUCAAACUUGACGUGAGGUGCUGUUUCCAAAACCAUUCAAGUGGUCGUCAAGACAAAUUCUCCAGGAGAGUUUUGUAUGUAAUUUGAUCAGUGUCUGUUUUUAUGUCAAUACGAGAGUUGUGUUUUUACAGAUUUGACAAUAAUUUAUGCAUUUAAGACAGUAUUCCAGUAUAUGUAUUUGUUGUGUUUUUAAUUGAUUAGUAUUAUAAUGUGCAAUUGCAAAAACUUUACUAUGUCACAAUCCAUAUGUUAUUUUUAUAUAUAUAAAAGCGCAAAUACAUUGCCUUGUAUUAGGAUGGCAGAGUUUCUACCAAAGGGUAUGAAGGGUAAAAUUAUGUACCCUAAAAUGUUGGAAAUUUUUCUAAUUUUUUAUAGAGAUAUGGUAAGUGAACUGCUGUUUAAAAUGUGUCAAAACAUUUCACACAUAUAACCACCUGGUAGGGACACUUAUUGUCUCUUUGGGUUUUAUUAUGUACCCUCCAGUUAUUUUCUGGCAGAAAGCCAGGAAGGGCAACAUCAAAGUUGAAGAGUGUUUUUACAGAACUUGUCAAGUCCCUAAUUGAGUAAAUGCAGAUAACCACACAAAUUGCUUGUUUGAUAUUCUGUGCAAAGUUACAUACACAGUCGUUACACGAAAAUGGGUUAAAUCUCCUUGUAUGGUUGAUAUAAACCAGUGCUAUAUUUAUGUAGUUUUAACUGUUUGUCAAAUACAUAUCUCAUGCACAUAAAAACAGUUCAAUUGUGAGUCAGUAUUUUCAGACUAGUAGAAGAGAAAACGGAUUCUCUCCACUAAUGUUAUUGUGUGGAUAUCCAACACUUGUUCCACUUUGUUCAUCAUUGUUUUAAUACAUAUCUCAUGCAUAUAAAAACAGUUCAGUUGUGAGUCAGUAUUUUCAGACUAGUAGAAGAGAAAACUGAUUCUCUCCACUAAUGUUAUUGUGUGGAUAUCCAACACUUGUUCCACUUUGUUCAUCAUUGUUUUAAUACAUAUCUCAUGCAUGUAAAAACAGUUCAGUUGUGAGUCAGUAUUUUCAGACUAGUAGAAGAGAAAACGGAUUCUCUCCACAAAUGUUAUUGUGGGAGUAUCCAACUCUUGUUCCACUUUGUUCAUCAUUAUUUUAAUACCUCGGGUCAUUGUUGAUUUGUCUGUAUUUUAGUUAUUUUGAAAUCAGAACCACUUGUCUUGAGCUUAUCUUCUAUAUGCAUUGCUUCUUUAAGAGGCUUAUUUACAAAUUAUUAGUAUUAGAUUUUUCCAAAUAUUUUUACUACAUCCAGAUUUAGUGAAGUAUUUUACUGCAAUAAAAAAUCUGCAUGCAUGCACAUAUAUCUGAAGCUGUGUGUAGGUGUGGUCUCAAAGUUGAGAAGUGACAUUUUGCUGUUCUUACUUAUGUUGUGAUAAAUAACUAGAAAUUAGCCAGUUUUAUGCAUAAUCUCAAAAGUAUUUAAAAUUGUAAUGUGCUGGUACUUGGCUUAAAUGGUCAUUUCCUCAAUCUUUGGUAAAAAAAUACAAAGUACAUAUAACAUAUUCCAGGCUUGUGUGCAGGAAUUUUAUGUGGGCAUGUAUCAAUCUCAGUCUCAGUUCGAGAAUCGGUCCCAGACAUGGGGGGAAAAGGGUUUUAGUAUUAUCAUUUGAUGAGAAAAAUUAAUAAAUAGUUUUGGUCAUUAUGCAGCUUUGGGACACACACACACACACACACACUCUUUUAGAUAUGUUUUCCAAAAUAUAUACAGUAUGUAUACAAGACUUAAUUUAUCACAGUUGGAUUUUAUUUGUUAAAAUGUGCUAUACUUUGGUGCAAAUUUAUUAUGAUCAUAUGUGAUUUUACUACCAGUACCAUAAAUAAAUCAGUUUCAAUCAGAAAAAAAGCAUGUUAAUGUUAUCGAUUUUGUUCAGCUCUGGAGUACGUAAUAGUUUAAUGGUGGAGUCAGUAUUAUCCUUUUAAAAAAGUAUUAUAAAACAUUCUUCUUUUUUUAAACGAGAGAAUUUACAGUUUAUAAUUCUAGAGUUAUUUCCCUUUCAAUGAUUUAAUUUCAACAAUGUCCGCUAUUGUUUCAUUCUUCAGUAUUUUAAUAUGCUUUGAUAUUUUUAUAUGAAGUUAUAUCUACAUUUUUCUUUCAUUUCUCUUCAAAGCUGCAAUCUCCGAGUAUAUAUUUUUAAUAUGUAAGAAUUUAUCAUAGUUCAUAAACUAUCAUUUCCUUCUUGUGACAUACCAUACUUUAAUGUUCAUAGAUCUAGUUUUAUAAUCUAGAUCACACUGAAAUACAGUUUGAGUAAAACUGACACCUGUGGCUUGUAGGAAAGUUCAAAAAUAUUUAUGAGGCUUAAUAUAGAUUGUUGAUGUGUAAAUCAAUCGCAAGCUAUUCUCAUUAUUAGCAGGGUUUAUAUUUUACAUAGAUUAUUAAUAAAUGUUGGUUGAUUUUAACAAUCUUGUGCUGUGCUAUUUUUGGAGAAGAUUGGGCAGUAUUGUUAAGAAAUGAAAUCAUUUAAUUCAAUGCAGAGAUGUAUAUCCUUAUUUACGACUGUACGACUGAACAAUAAGUGUUCUUUGUUGGAAAGAUGCCUAUCCAAAGUUCCUGUAUCAAUGUACCAAUUGAAAAAUAGAAAACCAGCAUUACCAGAAUCGAUAAAAAGAUAUUGGUUAUUUCUACUUUAUGAUGAUGGCCAUCUUUAUGAAAGGAAUGGUUUCCCAUAACCGGAUGUGACGUGACGGCCAGAAUAUAUUAUCAUUAGAGUUUGACGUCAUUUCCAUUAAAAAAGACACUGCACCAUAUAUUGUUACGUCAUUUGAAUAUCUAGUAAUGGCGGACUGGAAUUAAAGUUGCAUGUACAGUUUACAAAAACGUUGUAUUAAACUUGAGAUAAAGAGAUUAAUACCCA